AUGCGGCGGUACCUCCGUGCACUGCUGCUGUGCAUGGUGUUUGCCGUAUUCUCGGGCUUUUAUUUCUACUCGAAGCUGUUUCACGCAGAGGUUCUGAACGGCGGCGUCAGGACGAACAAGCAAGUCUUCCUUCCCCAGAGAGAAGGAGCUACGGCUGCGGACAAACCUGGCAGCCACACGCACUGGUACAAUAGGUACAUCAUGCGACAGCGGAGCCUUGCUGACCCCCCAGUGGAGGCCCCCAUGCACCUGGCUGUGGUGACCUGUGGGGGCAGACUGGAAGAGACCCUGACUAUGAUCAAGUCAGCUGUCCUCUUCAGCAUCAAACAGCUCUGCGUGCACAUCUUUGCAGAGGACCAACUGCACGCCAGCUUUAUGGAGGCUCUGGAGUCCUGGCCCGAUGCUGUGCGAACACGAUUCAACUACUCUCUAUACUCCAUCAGUUUUCCCAGUGAGAAUGCUGCAGAGUGGAAGAAGCUUUUCAAGCCCUGUGCCUCUCAGCGCCUCUUCCUUCCUCUGAUCUUGAAAGGCGUGGACUCGGUUGUGUACGUGGACUCGGACAUCGUCUUCCUGCAGCCCGUAGACCGGCUGUGGGCCCUCCUGUCCCGGUUCAACUCCACCCAGCUGGCAGCGAUGGCUCCGGAGCACGAGGAGCCCAGGAUCGCCUGGUACAACCGCUUCGCCCGCCACCCCUACUACGGCCGCACGGGCAUCAACUCUGGGGUCAUGCUGAUGAAUAUGACCAGGAUGAGGGACGCCUUCUUUCUGAACGACAUGACUUCUGUGGGGCUGCGCUGGGAGGAGCUUCUGAUGCCUCUCCUACAGAAAUAUAAACUCAACAUAACAUGGGGAGACCAGGACCUUCUCAAUAUAAUCUUCCACUACAAUCCUGAGUUCAUGCUGGAGUUCCCUUGCCAGUGGAACUACCGGCCCGACCACUGCAUCUACGGCAGCAACUGUGCCUCAGCUGAAGAAGAAGGCGUUUUCAUUCUGCACGGCAACAGAGGGGUCUUCCACGACGGCAAACAGCCUGCUUUCAGGGCGGUUUACGAGGCCAUACGUCAGUACUCGUUUGGCACGGACCCGGUGAGCGGUUUGUUGGAUCCACUGGAAGAGCAACUUUUGAAGACCACCCACACGUACUGCGGCAAGUCCCACCCGCUCUUUACAAAGAGACUGGUGCACAGCCUGGCCAACAUCAACAACAUGGCUGUCGGAGGUUAA